AUGCGGCUCUUUCGAAAGCAGGGUGACUUUGCAAAGCUGCAUGAUGAAGAAGAACUUUUACAUCCCGGUGACAUUGAACUUGAAUCAGCUCAUCGUGGCUCAUCACAGUCUUCGGAUGAAGGAUCGACUACCUCGACCAGCAAUGAAAACGUGAGGAAUGGUGGUACUCGUGGUGGUGGUGGAGGAAGACGACGACGAAAAAAGAAAGGAAAGCAGCACCAGCAGCAACACCGUAUUGGGCAGCAUCCUGCUGGCUUCAUGUCAAUAUCAGCGCUUGCACGUGAGACACCCGGUACGCCAGGCACAUCCACACCUGACAGCAAUCAUGGUAGUAGGCCAAUGCCUCCAGGAACCAGUGGUAUCGGCUCUGAUGAACAUGAAGAUGCCGUUGAAGAAGACGCCCAUGAAGCCAAUACGGGGUUGGAUGUCGCCGAAUUCAAAAGUGACCUAAAGUGCAAGCUGUAUCUCCUUAUGGAGCAACCUUCCAGCAGUAAUGCAGCUUUCUGGACCAACGUCAUUGUAUCCAUGUUGAUUGUAUUGAGUGCUGUCAUGACAACCAUUGAAACCAUUCCUACAUUUCGUUCAGCAGAAAGCAACAAAGUUUGGUUUCAUCUUGAAACGGCGAUGGUGGCACUUUUCACUUUGGAAUAUUUAUUACGCGUUUUCGCUCAUUCGGAUUCACUACGCAUGCUUGGCAGAUUCUUUCUUUCUCCAUUAUCUAUCAUUGACUUCAUUGCUAUCAUACCUUUCUACAUUGAGCUAUUGGCACAACGAGACACGACGUAUGAAUUUCGAUUCACUAUCCUUCGCUUAUUUCGGCUGUUGCGGUUAUUCAAGACAUACAAGUACUCGAAUGCUAUCAUCAUGACAAUCGAAGUGAUGGUGAUUGCGCUACGUCGCUCCAGUGAUGCUCUUUCAGCCUUAUUCUUCUUUUUAUUGACAUGCGUCAUCUUAUUGGCAACCCUUCUUUACUUUGCUGAACGUGGCAUAUGGGAUGAGAGUUUGCAAACGUUUGUUGAUCCUGAUGGCAAUCCAAGCUCAUUUGAUAGCAUCCCUGCAGCCUUUUGGUUUGUGCUGGUUACAAUUACGACUACCGGCUAUGGUGACAUGGUACCUGCCACGUUUAUUGGUAAGCUGGUGACAUUCCCAGCUAUGUUGUUUGGUGUAUUGUUGAUUGCAUUACCAUCCAUCAUUAUUGGGCGCAAUUUUACUAUCGUAUGGGAAGCAAUGCGUCGUCGCCAAUACUACAGCCAAUUAACAGCCGAGCAAGAUGAUACGGCAGAUGGACCUGAAGUACAUGACCAGACCCCCAUGCUGUUCCCAACAUCCACUCCUCCACAACCAAAUGGACCAUCUCCUGGAACAGCGCAAGCCCCGCCACACAAUUAUGAUAUAUUGGGAGGAGGAGAUGAUGCUAUUAUGGAUCAAUUGCAAGCAUUGAUGACGAUAACACGCCAAAAUCAGGAAGCCAUCCAGCAUAUCUUGUCCAUCUUGGAAAAACAAGGCAGACCCAUACCACCUGAAUAUCAACAUGAAGAAAUGGAUAUGGCUCAGCGACGUGGUUCACUGCAUUUCAGAAAGCGUUCAAGUCAACAACAUGGCGAGGCAUCUGAAGACAAAGGCAAAAGCACAGCGAUACCCCAUGAAGAUGAGGAGGACAAUGCAUAA